CUGAGAAUUGGUUAGCAUCCGCUUUGCGCGAGGGCCACGCGCCGGUUUGCAUCUGGUUGUGCAUGCACGGAGGAGGACGAAGGCCCUUCUGUCAGCGCUCCUUGUUCUGACGCAGGUUCCGAAGGCGGGAAAGCAGUGCGCUCUUGAAGGCGGCCCUCCUGUAUAACCUCGCCGACCACGCACAUGCUCCUUUAGUGUUGUGUCAUCGACCCAGGUUCCGAAGGCCAGAAAGCUGUGCGCUCUUGAAGGCGGCCCUCCUGUACAACGGCGCUGACCACCUACAUGCUGCUUUAGUGCUUUGCCAACGAAAUUCCUGAACAUGGCUAAGCACAGUGUUGGAGUGUUCGCGUUCGUGAGCCUACUCGCGAACGUUGCCGCACUGGUGAUCGACAAGUCCGACGGUGGCUACAAAGACAUGCUGGUCUCCAUCCAUGAUGACGUCCAGCCAGAUGAGGCUAUUGUGGAGAACCUCAAGGUUGUCCUCCGGGCUUCAUCAGAAUUCCUCCACCGUGCUACAAAUGGCCGAGUGUAUUUCAGGCAUGUAAUCAUCGACUUCCCGGUGACAUGGCCGAAAAGACGAGGCGCCCGGGGCGUGUCGUCAAAGUUUUUCACUUUGAGCGACGUUCGUAUCGAGAAUCCCGCGCUAACUGAUGAUUUCCCCGUCUUCGCGAAGCCAUCGAGGCGCUGCGGUCAGCGGGGAAAAUUUAUCGAGCUGUCGUCCAGCUUCCUUGCAAACCUCAAGGCUUCAGCUACCGAGACCUUCAAGAGCGGAGCGUAUGCCUUCGUUCACGCAUGGGCGAAAUUCAGGUACGGCGUGUUCGAAGAGUAUGGGAGCGUCUAUGACGACAACUAUCCUUUUACCUACUGCACGCCUGACGGAAAGGUAACCUUGAACUCGUGCUCAAGCAAAAUUUUAUUUAGUGUUGAAGAAACAUGCGAGAUCCGGGAAAACUGCCAGUUUACCGAGGACUGCCAAGUGGUGCUCUUCCAAGAAACUGGCAACCCUGUCGAUUCGUCCAUUAUGUUUAUGCCUUACCUCCAUAAUAUAAGUCAUUUUUGUGAAGGCAAGAAUGGAAGCCACCCACACAACCGUUUUGCACCGAACCUGCAUAACAAGAUGUGCGAUGGUGCUUCAACUUGGGAGGUCAUCAGCAAGAAUGAUGACUUCAAAGAGCUGCCCCCACCCAACAUGUCCAAACCUAUCCAAGUGGAUUUUGAAGAAGUCCAGCAAAAACGUAAAGCGAUCCAGCGAAUUGUUUUUGCUCUAGACGUCUCCCGUACCAUGUCGAGACACAAUCGACUGCAAAUUGUGAAGGAUGCGGUUGUUGGCUUCCUCCUGAGCUUACUCGACGACUCGAUCCGGCUCGCCAUCGUCAAGUUCAGCAGGGUGGCAGAGGUGCAGCACCCAAUGACGGCUGUCAAUAAAGCAACCGUGGGAGGCUUUCGCGAUGCUGUGCACAACAUGUCAACGGCUGGCGGCACCUGUAUUGGCUGCGCUCUGGAGAAGGCUCUUGAGGUGCUGCGUUCUGUUAACGAUACUCCAGAGGGUGCAGUUAUAGUGCUUUUGACCGAUGGCUUAGAGAAUCAACACCCCUACAUUGACGACGUCUUGCCGCAACUCUUAGAGGAAAAGGUCGAAGUUCUGGCUAUGGCAGUAGGAGACAAGGCUGAGGACAAGCUUGAGAAAACUGCUGCAGCAACAAAAGGGAAGACCUUCUUUUUUCCAGACAGCCAUGAGAACACAUCGAGGGCCUACAUCGAAGCUACCGAAAGUCCAGAGCAUGGGCACACUAGACAGCGUUUGGGGCUGAUCACUCCCAAUGAAACUGGAGAAAGUGCCACCAGGGUGCCAGUGGCUGACGGCGACGAGACCAUGGGCUUCUAUAAUGAGAAAUUAAGCCCACAAGAAGGAGCGCUGAAAGCCAUUCCGGAAAUGUCUUAUCGCGCCUCGAAAAACCAGAUAGGCAAACUGGCUGAUGUUGCAGAACCGCACUCCCUCCAGUCGGCUGACAGCAAGUGCUUCCAGCUCUCCGGAUACGAUUCGAAGAUCGGCAUCCAAAUUGCGUUGGGAGAAUCAGUGGAAAGCGGCGCAGUCAAACCGAUCACUGUUAUGUCAGAAAGCGAAAGCUUCGUGGGAACUCUGGAGAAAACAUUCAUUAUUGAUGGUGACAUUGGAAACAACACAAUCGUUACUGUGAGCUGCGCCUCCGGUCAAAACUGUCCACUCUCGGUGCAGCUUGUUGACCCCGCCGGACAAAGGUGUCAAAACUGUCGUGAAGAUAACACUGACCUAAAAAAAAUGCUCACCAUACCCAGCCCUGCAAAGGCGGGUACCUGGAUGCUUCAAGUGAAGAGCUCAAGCACGGACCGAGUCAAAGUCAGCAUCCUGGUCAUGUCCGAAGUCAGAGACCCUACAAAUAUGCCGGUAUUGGCUUCAUGUGAAGUGCCAAAGGGACCGGUUCACGCACCUGAUGAAGCAAUCAUAGACGUCUCUGUGUCGAAAGGCGAUAAAGCUGUCAUUGGCGCGAAGGUUAUUGCGGUGGUGGUCAACACGCAGGGGCAUUGGUGCCUUCCACAGUUUGACAGCGGUGUAGAUCCCGACGCACGCGAUAUUGACGGAACCUACAGUGGAUACUUCACACAGUUCACGGGUGCGGGACGGUACUCUGUCUUUGCUUACAUUUACGGAGACAGCAAGACCAGGCACGCGUACCGAAGGAGGGACCCCCGUGGUUCUAGUUUCACCGUUCUUAAUCAUCCCCUACCGGAGGGAACGGUGCGGGUAAACCUCAGCUACUUCGAACCGCGCCCAACAAAGUACCCACCAGCCCACUACCUUUUGGAUGACGUUGAGCCCACGCCCCCAUUCCAAAGGGUCAUAGCUUGCGGUUCAUUCAAGGUCACCAGUAACCUGCACGAGGCUGAUGUUCCUCCUGGUAGAAUCAUCGCCUUUCACAGUACCAUUGGGCACGUUGAGAAGGACAGAACGCCUGUCAUCACUCUUAUAUGGAUUUGGCCUGGGGCUCACAUGACAAAUGGAAAAGCUGCUGCAGUGGAGAUCCGCGGCGGCACCAACGCAGACGGGCUCUUUAACGACUUCGAGAACCAGGAGCUGUUGACGAACGUCGUCAAAGGCAGCCUCGAACCCCUUCCCGCCGGCUCCCCACACGAAGUGACCAUCAGCCUGCCGCGUCACUGGGGGCGGGCGCCCCGUGGCGACGAUAGCUUCUACCUGACGGUGUACUUGGCUGCGCGCGCUGUUAAUGCUGAUGGGCUCAAGUCGGAAAGGACCAUGGUCAUCCAAGGGGUGUUCGAAAUCGACAACAUUACCGCCCAAUUACCCUCUGCAGUAGCUGACGCCCUCACGCCGGCAAAGCCUUCCGCGAUGGUCAGCCCAGCGACAACCACUACAAGGCCGGCCAGGACCGAGCCACCUCUCGAUCCGGUGACAACCCCCACUGCAGAGGUUCAUCAUGAAGGCCAGACAUCCGUCUUCGUUUGGAUCUUGCUGGUGGCAGUGGCCGGAGUCGUCGUUAUGGCAGUCAUCAUUGCGCUGCUUCUCAAGAUCAAAUCGGACUACAGUGAUGAAACUAGCACCAACGCAAGGGAGAGGACAAGAGAAACCAUGACAAGGUAGUGCCGAACGUGGCAAUUCAGGGCCAAAUAAAUCAUAAGGCAAGCAUGGGCAUGUGAGACGUUAUCUAUGACAUUAUUAAUGCGAAAGCCUCAGUUGGUUCGUAGGUCGAAAAAUCUGAUGUCCGGCGUUAUCGCACCCAAAUUCAUAGGGCGUCGAAUCUACAACCUUAAGUAAUAAUUAGGGCGAAUCAUGGCAUCAAUUCCUUUAUAAGAAAGCCUGAAGCUGAGGCGAAGAAGCCUCAGCACGACCUGUUGUGGUAUUAAGGGAAAGUUAUUAUGAUAGAGGUAAUUAAGGCACUCGAGCCUUUUGUGGGAGUCGAACCAACUUGGACAUGUUGGCGAACCAGACAAAUCUCCAAAAUGGAUUACGAUCGACAUCGUGAGGAUGGAAAGUUCAACCAACUACCUUUGCUGUCAAUUAAGGCGAAGUGAAUCGAGGCACAGUUGAUUAAGGCACUCAAACCCACGACCUCUGGUCAGA